GAGACAACGGAUGAUGAGCACGAAGGGAGAAGAGCACGAGACGGAAGCUGUCGUUGUUCCUUGCUCUCCUCCCCCCCCUUAUAAAUGCGGCGAUGCCCAGUUGGCGUGGGCUGCCUUUUUCUCGUGUCCCAAAACUCGCCUUCUCGCCAACUCAUUCCGCAGAGAAAGAAAGAGAGAGAGAGAGAUAACCCGGCUGAGUCUCCGGGCGCGGGAGCGACAUGGGUCCGGCGAGAUCGCUCGCGUCGGCGCCGGCGGCGGUGGCGGCGGUGGCGGUGGUGGUCGUGGUGCUCGGCCUGGCGGCGUCGGUGGCGGCCGCGGAGGGGAACGUGGUGCUGCAUGUGCACCACAGGUUCAGGGGCCGCCGGCAGAUGCUGGGCGCGAUGAGAUCGCACGACGCACGCCGCCACGGCCGGCUCCUCUCCGCCGUCGAUCUCCCCCUCGGCGGCAAGGGCACUCCCACCGAUACCGGCCUCUACUUUGCGAAAAUUGGAAUUGGGACUCCCCCCAAGGAUUAUUAUGUGCAAGUUGAUACGGGAAGUGACAUUCUCUGGAUUAACUGCAUUGGCUGCGACCAGUGUCCCAAGAAGAGCAAUCUCGGUGUGGAAUUGACUCUUUAUAACCCAAAUGGCUCGAGUACAGCAGAACGGAUCACUUGUGAUCAAGAGUUUUGCACUUCCACAUACAAUGCCGCUUUUCCUGGUUGCAAGCCCGACGUACUUUGCCCAUAUAAUCUUACUUAUGGAGAUGGAAGCUCAACUGCAGGAUACUUUGUUGAGGAUAAUGUAAUAUUAAAUCGAGUGACUGGGAAUCUUCAAGCAUCGUCCAUGAAUUCGAGUGUGAUAUUUGGGUGUGCAGCUAAGCAAUCUGGAGGGCUGGGCACAUCAUCUGAGGCUCUUGAUGGGAUUAUUGGUUUUGGACAAGCAAAUUCAUCCAUGCUUUCUCAGCUUGCUUCAUCAGGAAAGGUGAAAAAGGUUUUUGCACACUGCUUGGAUAAUACAAAUGGUGGUGGAAUAUUUGCUAUCGGGGAAGUGGUGCAGCCAAAAGUCAAGACUACUCCAUUGGUACCUAAUCAGGCACAUUACAAUGUUGUCAUGAAGGCUGUUGAGGUGGGUGGUCGUGUUAUGGAACUUCCAACAGAUAUAUUCGGCUUUGGAGGUGAGAAUGAAGCAAUAAUUGACAGUGGCACAACAUUGGCCUAUCUUCCGGGGGACAUAUAUAACCCACUUAUAGAAAAGAUUAUGGCUCAGCAGCCUGGACUGGAUCUACACACUGUUGAGGAACAAUUUAGUUGUUUCAAGUUUGUCGGAAGUGUCGACAAUGGAUUUCCAGUGGUAAAGUUUCACUUCGACGGUUCACUUGCUCUAGCAGUUUAUCCUCACGAUUACUUAUUUCGAUAUCAUGAUGAUACCUGGUGUAUUGGUUUUAUGAGCGCUGAGAUGCAAUCUAAGGAUGGGAAAGAUAUCACCUUACUGGGAGAUUUGGUGUUCUCCAAUAAGCUGGUAUUGUAUGAUCUUGAGAACCAGACGAUUGGUUGGGCUGACUACAAUUGUUCCUCACGCAUCAUGGUGAAAGAUGAAAAGUCUGGAGCAACUUAUACUGUUGGUGCUCAUAAUCUAGGUUCUAAUUCCGAACUUGUCAGCCCGAGUAUAGCAGCUGUCUUGCUGUUGCUAGCGGCUGUGCUGUAUAAUUUCAUGUUGUAGGCAUGAUUUGAACCUGCUCAGCAUGGCCGAGAGUAUUAAGAAAAAAGCAAGAAACCUUGUGCAGCAUUCAUUCCUUUCCUUUUGUUUUGUCGGGCACAUAUCUUAAUUGACGUUAGCAGGAUUGGUAUGAUUUAUUCAGGAAAGUGAAGAAUUUAUUUGCUACUUACAUGCAACUAA